AUGCUGCCAACCACUUCAGUUAAUUCUCGAAGCCAGGGCAAUGGUGCACUGAGCCCUAGAGAUGCUGCAAGGCACACAGCUGGAGCAAAACGCUACAAGUACCUGCGGAGGCUCUUCCAUUUCCGGCAGAUGGACUUUGAGUUUGCUCUUUGGCAGAUGCUUUACCUAUUUACUUCACCACAGAGGGUUUAUAGGAACUUUCACUACAGAAAACAGACAAAGGACCAAUGGGCAAGAGAUGAUCCUGCUUUCUUAGUGCUCCUCAGUAUCUGGCUCUGCGUGUCUACUGUAGGAUUUGGAUUUGUGCUGGACAUGGGGUUUUUUGAAACAAUAAAGCUGCUACUUUGGGUUGUCUUCAUAGACUGCGUAGGUGUUGGCCUCCUGAUUGCAACUCUAAUGUGGUUUGUUUCUAAUAAGUACUUGGUGAAGCAGCAGAACAGAGACUAUGAUGUGGAGUGGGGAUAUGCCUUUGAUGUUCAUCUGAAUGCUUUCUAUCCACUUCUAGUCAUUUUGCAUUUUAUCCAGCUGUUUUUCAUCAACUAUGUCAUCAUAUCUGAUUCUGUCAUUGGGUAUUUUGUUGGGAAUACAUUGUGGCUGAUUGCAAUUGGCUAUUACAUCUACGUGACAUUCCUAGGAUACAGUGCAUUGCCCUUUUUGAAGAACACAGCUAUUCUUUUGUAUCCGUUUGCACUUCUCAUCAUGCUCUAUUUGAUCUCAUUAGCAUGCGGAUGGAACUUCACCAAGAUGCUUUGUUCCUUUUAUAAAUACAGAGUGAAAUAAAACCAGGACUAAAUGUAUCUAAUGUUUAUUUUCUUUACUGUCAAGACAGCUAAGAAAAACAGAAGUUAAGAACAUUUUGUAAAUGGUUGUAAAUUUCUCUUUAUUGUAGAUAAUUGUGUAAAAAAAAGUUUGAAGUGUCCUUUUUAUUAAAAUAUUUACAACAGUAAA